AUGAAAGUCAACGACGUUCAAACAUUAGCUAAUUCUUACCUCCUGAUGGAUAUGAGCCGAGACAACAUUCAUGAAAUAUUUACUCAACAACAUAGGAAUCAUCAUUUUGAACCAAAACCAUUAUUAAUGUCUAAAGCCUCAACUGCACAGCUUCAACAGGCUUUUGAAAAAGCUCGGAAAGUCCAGCACCAUCAUCAAGAUCCUGGUGCCUCCCACAACUAUGAAGAAGUAAAAUUAGAAGGAAAAGGAUAUUCCGUUGCUUUUAAAAUUCCAAAGGGAGGUUGGAGAGAUCAACAAAACGAGGAUUACGAGAAGAGCACUUCUGUUGAUGCUUAUGCAACAAAGGCUACAGAAAUUAUUGGAGCUGGGUUGCCAUCACGAAUUGUUGAUAUUGAUGUCAAGGAGUUUGAUCGAUUGAUGCAAGGGGAGACAGGAAUUACAUUUACUAACAAACUAAACUCUUGUCAAAUACCCUUUGAUUCCAUGAAAGAACGAGAUAAAGCCAUUCAUCAUGCUCUUGAAACGCACAAGGCAAAAGUAAUAAGCAAAAUGAGGCAAAAAUAUAAAAGAAUGACAAAGAGAGGAAUUUUUGAUGAUGAAACAAACAGAAUACGAGUCGAAAAUAUGUUAAGAUGCUCAUUCUCAAGGUUUGAUCCAGCAAAAAUUCAUGAUAUUCUUUUGCAAGAUUCAGGGUUUGACCAUGAAAUUUUAAAUAGAGUAAGAGGAAUAGGAGGUGGUGGUGGUGGCACACCGAGACAUGGUAAAUCGAAAGCUGAAAACUCGUAUGCAUUUCUAUCUGGAUUAUAUAAUGAUUCUGACAAUACUAAUGAGAACGAUCAAAAACGCCCCGACAACCCAAAUGCAAUUCUUUCAAAAAUUCCAGCAGCUUCUGAAAAGAAAAUUCACAAGAACGCUGAAGAAACGAGUCCUGUCGAUUUUUUAGACAAAAUUCUCUCGUUUAACAUGACGCCUAUCACACCACUAUCAAGAAAUCCUUUUCUGUCAGAAGAUGUAAAAAUGGUUCUCGAUAGAGAUCUUGGAGAUGUUGGAAUGGAUGGACCUAGGCACAGAUUUUCAAGAAAUGCUACAGCCAUUAGAAUAUUAUUGCCAAAGAAGAGAGAAAAAGAGAGUAAAGAAAAGCUAUCGGCAAGAGGAAAAAACUCGGAUUCCAAAAAGAAAAAAUUCACAUCUCCCAACACACAAGAAAAAACUGAAAGCGAGGAAAUUAUUCUAACAAGCAAACAGAUCAAAGAAAUGAUAAAAUAUGACCCCUCAAAGUCAGGAGAAAAACUCUUGUCAGAAGUCAUGCCUUCCAUUGAAUACAGUGUUGCUGAAAUGCUCGAACGAAUUUUGGAAGAUGAAGAAAAACAGCAAGAAGAGGAACAGAUGCAGGCAAUAUCGUCCAUUUCAGCAUCCAAAACUGACUCUCGAGGAUCAAAAUUAGUCUUUGAUGCGAGAGACACUUUUUUCUAUGAAACUGUGGACUCUACUGCUGAAAUGGAGAGAGUGGUGCAAAGAGAAGCGUUCAUUAACAAAGAGUUCCAAGAAUUUAAACCAAAAGAAAUUGAGAGGCAAAAAGAACAGCUUACUAAUGCUAACAUGAAAAAAGCAAAACUGACUAUCCACAACUUGCAAAAUAUACAUAUGAACAGUGAAUUUCAAGAAUUACUUUCUCCAAAAAGUAAAACUAUGCAUGACGAUGAAUGGAAAAAGAGAGACAAAGAAAUUUCAGAUCUUUGUGAUACCUUGGAAAAGUUGAUUAUUGAUAUUUGCAGAGAGAUGAAACAAUUUAAUGAAAGCAAACUAAAUAGCUCUAUUAUUCCUCAGCAUCAAGAAAUAGAGAGAAUAUCAGAUACUCUCAUUACAUGUUUGAAAAGAAUACCGUUUGACUGGAAUUCGAGAACAAAACGAGAAUGGGCUCAAGGUGCCGAAGUAUUGUUAAUGUGGCAAAUGAAGCUAUCUUCUCCUUUAAACAUCAACAAGGAGGACCAUAUUAAGGAUCUAGCCCGAUUUUACGUAAGAAUAUUUUACGAAAACGAUGUCCUGAUGAAAAAUUUAUUUCUUCAUUACAAGGAAGCUGUGAUAGACGAAAUUAAGAACGGAGAAGGUUACAAAAAGAUGAAAGCAGGAAAUCAUGAAGAUAUAACGCUUCCCAAAAUUAAUGCAUUUACAGUUUGGAGCGACGGCGCGAAAAAUUCAGAAGUUGACGACCUUGACCUAUUUUCUUACCCUCAAUCGUUUGAUCAGCAACGUCAAAGAGUUUCAAAUAUCAAGAAGAUGUUAUUUAUCAUUAUUAACUAUGUUAACCAUUGCAACUCAUACACAAAGGAUGUGUUUGGAGACCUUGUCUUAUUUGAGAAAGAUAGGUAUCAAAAAAAGGUUCUUAUUCGAAAGGCAACUUUAAAAGAGAGUGGAAAGAAGAAAGAAGUACAGUCCAUGAUCGAAGAAAGGGGCCUAAGCACGUUUGCAGGUUUUUUAUCAUCUACAAAUUGGGAAAAUAUUCCGCGAUCUGUUGAAAAGCAUGAGGAAGAGCUUGACUCUGAGGUUUACGUUCAUAGGGAACGAGAUUUUUAUACUUCAAUUUUUAGUAAGGACGUUGAGAAAAUUGUUAACAACAUUAGAGAAAGUAAGGAAUCAAUGAAGCUCGUGCAUGGAGACCUAUCUCAACACAAAAUUGAACCUGUUUCCUUAACCAAGACCGCAAAUAACCAAAACGAUGUUAUUCAUCUUCACAAAACGUCAUUUGUCAACGACGAACAACUGCUUGAAGAGUCUCUUGAAUAUCAACGAUCAUACUUGUACCAACCUCCCAACUUAAAAAUGUCAUCAAAAAGCCCUUCUCUGCCCGCUCACGAGAAGAAAAUAAGUCCCCACGUGACAGAAGAAAUUCAACAAAGUCUCAUUCCUAAAUUAAUGGAAGAAAAAGAAACUAGCAAUUUUCAUAAUUCAUUUAUGUUUACUCCAAGUGAACCAAGUUUUCGUGAUCAAACAGAAAAUACUCCAAUUAUUACAACUGAAGAGACAAGCAAAAUAGAGAGUGGAAAAACUCAAUAUAUAAUUCAACAGAGCCGUGCUCCUAACGGCAAUAUUCUGGAACAGGCCAAUAAUUCUAUCACUAUGGACACUUUGGAUGAUUCAUUCCAUAAAGAAAUAAUGGAAGAUAUGUUUGGAAAAGAUGAGAGAAAGGUGUUACUGAGCUCACAGCCUGAAUCUCCCGAGGAAGUUAUAAAUCCAGUGUCGUCAAUAAUCAGUCCAAUCACUAGUGAUCAUGUGAGUCUUCACUCACUUGAGUCCUCAACUGGAAGAAGCACUACUACUAGAUUGGUUUCUCCAAUAUUGGAACUUCCUGAGCAGAGAACAGGUCACACCGAUACAAGAAGAUAUACGCCCAGUAUUACUCCACAAAAACUCAAACCAGAGCUCCAAGAAGGCCCAGUCUAUACGCUGAGAUCUACAGAUGCAACUCCACAGAAAGUUGUAUCAGAAUCAUUCGUAAAAAAGGAACCUACUGUUGUUGAGUCCGUUGUGGCCAUCAACACAAAAGAACACAAAAAACCGCAAGAACCAGCAACACAAAACAUACAAAACCAAUCGGUGUUGUCAUUAAGCGAACCACUAACUCCAAACGAAGAAAAAAAAGAAGUUACAAAUGUCAACAAAAGUGGAAGAAAAUCAUCACAGAAGGGACCCAAAUGGGUGACUCCGGAGGUGACAUCCAUUCAUGAAACCAAAUCAAGAAAUUUAAGGAAAUACUCUAGGCAAAGAAAAAAACUCGUACCAAGCGUGGAGAGUACGGACAAUGACAGCACCAAGUCUUCUACAAACAUUAGUGUACAGGAUUUCACUCCAUCAAGGGCUACAUCUCCUAUUUCAGCUGCUGAUUUACAUCAAUUAACAAUUUCGCUAGCACAUCUUGACGAUAGUGUUCGAAUGGUAUCGUCCAGAUCAUCCAACUAUGUUGCCCUCAAAGACGACAGUCCAAAGAGUACACGAUCAACUAUUAGCGUGGACAAAAAGAAUAAGCAUUCAGGAAAGUGGAUGUUGAAAUCGACCGUGUUCCAAAGCUUCUUCGAUUCUCCUCUUUAUGUUUCUGAAGAUGUGCAAGAUACUAAGAAGAAAGAUGAAGUCUCCUAUGAUAAGUUUGACAGCGUCACCUUGUUGGAGAAGCUGGAACAAACUUGGGAUGAUUUACUAAUCCCUGCAGCCACUAAAAUGAAGCUCUAUCAAAAAUACAGCUCGUCAAAGUACAUUGGUAAUGUGAAUUUAAUGAAAGAUGCAGCAAAAACAUGGAAAUUGGGAGCCUCUUCGAUCAUUGCCAGAGAAUCUGUGUUACUGCAAAUGAAUGAAUAUGAGAAAAGUUUAGCACAAUCAGCUUCUAAACUACCGUCAUUCUCAGAUAAGGUUCAAGAACAAAAAUUGAGGUCCAAUCUUUUUAAGAGGCUCAGUGUUAUUGCUUCAGAAUGUGAAAAAUAUAACAGAAAGCUGAAGAAAGAUCAUGAUGACCAAUUGAUGUAUAAGAGUUCUAACCCAUACGUGGAAAAGAUGAAAACUGACUACCUGUCGAUUGUGGCUGGCAUUGAAAAUCUAGCUGAGGAAAUUCGGCCCGUGGAUUUUGAUGUUGUAUCGCCGCGUUCCUUAAAUACCGCCAAGAAAAAUGCAUCUGUGACUGUAUGUAGUACGAAUUUAAUGUUAUUGCUGUAUUUACAAUUAUUGAAUCAAUAG